GUGUCGGGAAGCCUUCAGCUUGUACAUCACGCGUUCAUGCGCGCUUACCUCGGCACAAGCACAAUCUAGCUUCUCAACACUCCACGCCCUUCAAACGCGACAAUGGCAAUUUCGGAGUCGUCGCCGCUACUACGGCAAGAGUCAACUACAUCUUACGCGCCCGAUGAAGAACAUGAAGACGCCCCAGCACCUCGAAGCACGUUUGCUCGCAAUCUCGGGGCACUCGACGGUUUUGCUCUACUGAUAAGCAUCGUCAUCGGAUCAGGUGUCUUUUCAUCUCCGGGCCCCAUCGAUGCAAAUGUCCCCUCACCCGGUGCAGGGCUCCUGGUUUGGCUUGUUGGUGGUGUUCUUGCUUGGACAGGCGCGCUUACCAUGGCCGAGUUGGGGACAGCGUUCCCUGGCGAGGGCGGAAUCCAGCCAUACCUUACCUACAUCUACGGCGAUGUGUUUGGGUACAUGGCGGCCUGGUCUUGGGUUGUUGCUACUAUGCCGGCUACUCUUGCAAUCCUCAGCAUUGUCUUUGUUGAGUCCAUACACUCCAGCUUGGGUAUCAACGAGCCUGACCCGCCCAUGACUCACAAGCUAUUGUCUCUGCUCGUUCUGGUGUGCGUUACGACCCUAAACUCCAUCAGCACCAAAACCAGCACCCGGCUGUCGAGCUUCUUUGUUGCCAUCAAGCUGCUCACAAUCUUUCUCCUAAUCAUAGCUGGGCUAGUUGUAGUCUUUGUCUUUCUCGGAAAGAACAAGGACCUGGGCGGGCACGAUUGGCGCAAGAAGAAUUGGUUCUCACCCCGUGACACGGUGCUACCUGAUGGAUCGCGCUUUGACUGGACCAAGGUGACUACGUGGGAGUCACUGGGAUUCUACAGCACUGCACUGUACGGGGCUCUGUGGGCAUACUCUGGUUGGGACAAGGCAAAUUAUGUGGCAGCCGAACUUCGCAAUCCCAGCCGCCAGCUGCCUCUUUCCAUCAAUACCGCGAUUCCAACAAUCAUUGUUUGCUACGUAGCAGCCAAUGCUGUUUACUAUGUACUGCUUCCAUGGGAAGUGGUUUCGACAACCGACGCCGCUGCAGUGACGGCUGUGACGCACUUUCUCGGGAAAGGUGUGGCCUACUUCGCGACCGCUCUCAUAUGCCUAGUCAUUGCCGGUUCCGCACUCGGCAACUCGUUCGUGGCUGGAAGAAUGACUGUGGCGGCAGCGAAUAACAACUGGUUCCCACGUAUUCUUGGUACGGUUGGCUACAUCGGCAGUAUAAAGGUGAAAAAUACCGUCGAGGCAAGUGAGCCAGCGGAUCUCGCAUUAGACAAUGACGAGUCCCCAAUCAAUGCACUCAUUCUCAACACUGUUCUUUCUGCAGUUUACAUAUUGCUUGGCAAUAUGCGCAUCCUGCUUACCCUCAAUGGCCUUGCAGAGUAUGCAUUCUUCUUCCUAACCGUGCUCGGCGCCAUCAUUCUUCGAUACCGGGAGCCAGAGUUGCCUCGGCCUGUAAAGCCUUUUAUCCUUGUGCCUAUACUGUUCGCUGUCAUCAGCGGUUUUGUUGUCAUUAGAGGUGCUGUCUUUGCUCCUAUCCAGGCCGUCGUUCUUGUAGGUAUAUGGGCCUUUGGACUGGUGUUUUAUUACCUCAGGAUACGCGUCUUGGAGAGGAGAUCGAGAGAAUAGGAAUAUUGGCAUUUUGAUUCCAACUACAAUAUCGAAAUCUAGGUAAUGAAUGUCACUUGAGAUUUUGUAGCGC